AUGUCAGAUCAAGAACAUAUUACUCAACAUAGUAUGUCUAAUACAAGUAGAAUAUUGGAAGUACCAUCUACUCAGAUAGAAAAAAGUGUAGUUGAAGUACCAGAAUUACAUUUUCAUGAAAGGUAUGCAGCUGUAGAUAUUCCUAUAGUACAAGAAAAGAUUCGAUAUGAACCUAAGGAAGUGAUUCAGGAACGUGAAGUUCAUGUAGUUAAGCCUAUGUAUAAAGAGAAGAUAGUAGAAGUUCCGCAUUAUAAAGUUGUCGAAAAGGUUAUUGAAGUUCCACAAGUUGUUUUACAAGAAAAGCUGGUUGAAGUUGAAAGAGUUGAAGUUAUUCCUAGAUCAUCUGCUAGGUCAGGAGAUACUGAAGGUAUUGAAAGUGCUCCUAGGUCUACAAGAUCACAUGUAACAGCAGAAAGGAAACCAAUGGAUAUUGAAACACAAUAUCGACAAGUUCCAAAACCCAUUGAAGUUCCAAUAGCAUUCUAUUCAGCUAUACCUGUUCCCAUAUUGAUUGAUAGAGCAGUCCCCAUACCAAUGGAACUACAGAUAAUUCAAGAUAUUUUGUGCCCAAAAAUUGAGCCUGUAUACAAAGAUAUUCCUAUACCAAUACCAGUAAAAAGGACAAUUGAAAAGCCAGUACCAGUUGGACUUUAUGAUCAUCCUGAAUUAUUACAGAAGUAUUUACAUGAUCCAGAUGAACCACUACCUAAUCCACUAACUAUUUUGGAACAGAUGUCACAAAGUGCAUCUAUGGCACUUUUACACCAACAGUCGGCAUUUACAAUGAUGCAACAACAACAGAUACAACAAAUGCAAUCACAGCAACAGAUACAACAAAUGCAAUCACAGCAACAGAUACAACAAAUGCAAUCACAACUUCAGGAAAAUUCAUAG